AAACACGUGACAAGUGCUGUUGGUGUGCUUUCUGUCAGUGUCACUCCUCGGGUGUUAGAGGCUGGGAGAAAUUUAGCUGGUCGACCACGCAAUUUGUUAUAAAGACAAAUCGGAUCCGCCGACUGGACCAAAUCACUCCUAGAAGUGUAGAAAUCCUCCGUGGAAACAUGAUGUCUGUAUUGGGAAGGGCGACUCGGCUCAUUCAAUUUGCCAGGUGCAGUAACGCCGUAAGCCUGUGUGUUUCGACACCUCUCAGGAGACAGUCUAGUAGUGCAACCGUUGCAGCCUUCGCCCAGCCAGCCUCCACAGCGACCCCAGAAGCGCUAGAAAACAGAAAGCCCAAAACGGGGAUCCUAAUGAUGAACAUGGGAGGACCUGAGAAACUGGACGAUGUUCACGAUUUCCUGCUGCGCCUCUUCUCCGACACCGAUCUGAUGAAGCUUCCUGUUCAGAAUCGACUUGGGCCGUUCAUAGCGAAGAGGCGCACCCCUAAGAUUCAGGAGCAGUACAGCCGGAUCGGAGGAGGCUCUCCUAUCAAAGCCUGGACCACCAUGCAGGGGGAGGGCAUGGUCAAACUGCUGGAUGAGAUGUGUCCGGAAACAGCUCCUCAUAAAUUCUACAUCGGGUUCCGCUACGUGCAUCCUCUGACGGAGGAGGCUAUUGAGGAGAUGGAGAAGGAUGGAGUAGAGAGAGCAGUGGCUUUCACACAGUACCCACAAUACAGCUGUUCUACCACAGGCAGCAGUCUGAACGCUAUCUACCGAUACUACAGCAGCAGAGGAGACAGGCCUAAGAUGAGGUGGAGUGUCAUCGACCGCUGGCCCACACACCCCUUAUUGGUCGAGUGUUUCUCCCAGCAUGUCCUCAACGAGCUGCAGAAGUUUCCCUCGGAGAAGAGGGACGAUGUGGUUAUCCUGUUCUCAGCUCACUCACUACCCUUGUCUGUGGUGAACAGGGGAGAUCCGUACCCUCAGGAGGUUGGGGCCACUGUGCAGAGAGUCAUGGAGAGACUAGGGCACUGUAAUCCUUACCGCUUGGUCUGGCAGUCCAGGGUCGGUCCUAUGCCGUGGCUGGGCCCUCAGACAGAUGAUGUCAUCAAAGGUCUUUGUGAACGAGGGAAGAAAAACCUGCUGCUGGUCCCCAUCGCCUUCACCAGCGACCACAUCGAAACGCUGCAUGAACUGGACAUUGAGUACUCUCAGGUGCUGGGAGAGGAGUGUGGCGUAGAAAACAUCAGAAGGGCUGAAUCUCUGAAUGGAAACCCAAUAUUUUUCCAGGCUCUGGCAGACCUGGUCCAAACCCACCUGAGGUCAGACGAGUCCUGCUCCCGUCAGCUCACCCUGCGCUGCCCACUGUGUACCAACCCCACCUGCGGAGAAACCAAGGCCUUCUUCGCUAAUCAGAAAUGACCCUCCUCUUCCUCCUCAACCGUUUUCUAGUGUUGCAAACUGCAGAUAACUACCCCCCCCCCUCCUCUCCGGACUUCCUACCUAUUUCUUCCUGAUUCCUGGAUACUUCCAAUCGGGAUUUCUAGAACAGCUGGGAAUUCUGAGUCACCCAUCUGUUACUACGGGACAGAGCACACGUUUCUAAGUAACUACCAGAAGAAGAAGAAGAAGAAGAAGAAGACAAACUAGGGAAGAAGCUAUCAGUACGCAUCGCAUUAAAGCUAUAAGACGAGUAGAGUUGCACUUAUUUUGUCCCGCCCCCUCCCCCCGUCACUCACAUUCCAUCCGUUGAAUUCCUGGAAAACUAUGUCCGUUCAUCCCUCCAUCCUCUUUCCAGGAAUAUUACAUUUAUAAACUGGACUGUAUCCUUUCUCACCUGGUGCUUGUCCAGUUGGUUUGUACGUCAUGCUCAGGGACAGUGGCGAACCGUGUGUGUGUGUGUCCCCCCCCACCCCAUUCUGGUAUGUCAUCCACAGUGUCUCUUUGAGACCCUCUCUGAAGCCUGGUGGACUGUCCCCUGCUUUGAGACCCUCUCUGUAGCCUGGUGGACUGUCCCCUGCUUUGAGACCCUCUCUGUAGCCUGGUGGACUGUCCCCUGCUUUGAGACCCUCUCUGUAGCCUGGUGGACUGUCCCCUGCUUUGAGACCCUCUCUGUAGCCUGGUGGACUGUCCCCUGCUUUGAGACCCUCUCUGUAGCCUG